CACGUUAGUACCAUAAUAAGAGUCUCUAUAUAAUCAAUCUUCAACUGUAUAUUAACAACUCUUUUACGAAAGAUAUCCAAAUUCCAAUCUAGAAAUAGGGUUUUUGGAAAUGAUUGCAGGGUUGUCUUCUCGUAAUUUCUCUAAUCAUCAUCAGCAGCAGCAUCAUCAUGUAUUGCAAGUUUAUCCUGCUGCAAGUGAUGAUAUUGUUUCAACUUCUCUUGAAGCAAGUUCAAGUUCAGAAAUAGGACACGCGAAUUCUCUUCUUUAUAGUCUCUCAGUUGUUAAAGACAAAGUUAAUCAAGUGCAAUCACUAGUUAGCAUCCUUACCUCACCAGAUCAUCAUCAUCAAAGCUACCAGCAGCAAAAUCCUGAGCCAAAUUCAAUAGCUAACCUCGGCACCAUUAUUCAAGAAAUCAUUGUCACUGCAUCUUCAAUGAUGUUCACUUGCCAACAGAUGGCGAUCGGUUCGAGUAAUUCAAUUAACAACAACGCCAGUGAAUUGCACCAGCCUGCUCCACCACAGCCCAAGGUUGCUGCACCUCAAGAGAAUGUGUUAUUACCGCCAAACAGCCAAGAUCAUCAAAGAGGGCAAAGCUUCUUCGCUAGCGAAAACUUUGAUUGGUACGAUAAUAACAACUAUAGCAAUAACAGUUGUAAUGGUACUGAAAACAAUCAAACUGCUUCAGGUAUGCAUAAUGUUAUCAGUAUAAACACUAAUAAGGUUGAAAGGAAAGAGCUGUCUGAAAAUUUUUCUGAAGUACUGCAAGAAGGGAAUAAUAAAUCAAUCAAGAGUUAUGACAUAAUUGAAUUGGAUGCAUCAUAUUUGUUAGCCAAAUAUACUCAUUAUUGUCAAGUUUGUGGAAAAGGGUUUAAGCGAGAUGCAAAUUUGAGGAUGCAUAUGAGAGCUCAUGGCGAUGAAUAUAAGACUAGUGCUGCUUUGAGCAAUCCAAUGAAGAAUAUUAACACAAGUGCAAUUGGAGAUAGUAGUGAGGAUUCUGUAAUGAAAUUGCCGAGAAAAUAUUCAUGUCCGCAAGAAGGGUGCAGGUGGAAUCAGAAACAUGCAAAAUUCCAGCCACUGAAAUCAAUGAUUUGCGUAAAGAAUCAUUACAAGAGAAGUCACUGUCCUAAGAUGUAUGUUUGCAAGAGGUGCAACAGGAAGCAAUUCUCUGUGUUGUCUGAUCUCAGAACUCAUGAAAAACAUUGUGGAGAUCUUAAAUGGCUGUGUUGUUGUGGAACUACAUUUUCUAGAAAAGACAAGCUUAUGGGUCAUGUUGCUUUGUUUGUCGGACAUACUCCUGCAAUUACUUCUUUCAACAAUCCUGCAAAAGUGGAGAGCCACCAAAUGCAACUUGAUGAUAGGGGUUGAAGCUAGCCACUGCAAAUGCAAGGAGAGUCCGCUCUUUCUGUGUACUAUGCAGAUCUCAUGGAUCAGAAUGCAUGGCUGGUCUUACUCAAAUAGCAGUGGUACGCUACUGAACGAGGAUACCUCAUAGUUUAUGCAAUUUCCAUAGGCAAAUGAUGUUUUUAAUUUUGAAGAAUGUAUGUGGAUUCUUGUUUUUACACACUUCAUGUAUAUUAUAUACUUUUUGAUGUUUAAUCAGCUACUAAUGCCAUUGAGCCAGCGAUAUAUAUAUAUAUAUAUAAUGGUUUUUUUUA